AAAAGAAAUCCAUUAUUUUUCCAAUAGAUAGCUUUAGUAAUCUGCAUCUCGCGAUCUUGCAUAAGUGCGAUCGGAUUACGCUAGAUAGCGUUAGAAAGAUAAGAUUUCGUACUAAAAAAACUUCUCAGACAAUUUUGUGAUUGUUUGACUCAGUAUUGUUUGAGUGCGCGUCAAAGAUGGACAUCAGCAAAGAGAAAAUACGCCAUAUUUUACAGUUUUUCUUCGAUAAAGGCGAAAACGCAAGCCAGGCGGCUGAAAAUGUGAAUAGUGUUUAUGGUCCUGAUAUUGUAACAGCCAAUCAUGCGCAAUUUUGGUUUCGUCGAUUCCGUUCCGGUAAUUUUGAUGUCAAAGAUGCACCACGCUCUGGAAGGCCAAUUGUCGAAAAUGUCGAUAAAAUAAUGAAAAUCGUCGAGUCCGACCGUCAUGUAAGCACUGUUUCGAUUGCCAAGGAGCUAAACAUUGCACAAAAAACCGUUUGGAACUAUUUGAAUAAGGCUGGAUACAAAAAAAAGCUCGAUGUAUGGGUGCCACAUGAGUUAACGCAAAAAAACCUCAUGGACCGAAUUUCCAUCUGCGAAUCGCUACUGAAUCGCAACAAAAUCGACCCAUUUCUGAAGCGGAUAGUGAUUGGUAAUGAAAAGUGAGUCACUUACGACAACAUCAAGCGAAAACGAUCGUGGUCGAAUCGUGGUGAGCCGGCGCAAACGGUGGCCAAGCCAGGAUUGACGGCCAGGAAAGUUUUGCUGUGUGUUUGGUGGGAUUGGCAGGGAAUCAUCUACUAUGAGCUGCUCUCCUACGGCCAAACUCUUAAUUCGGACCUGUACUGUCAACAAUUGGACCGUCUGAAGGAAGCAAUCGCCCAGAAGCGGCCAAUAGGAGAGGAAUUGUGUUCCAUCA